AUGAGUGCUCCGCCGCAAAUACCACCGCGACCGUCGCGAGCCCAGAAUUCGACGCCCAACUCGACCCAUAUGGACGUCCCCAAGAUUCCCCCGCGUCCGAAGCGCAGCAUCGACCGCUCCGUUUCUCCCAACCGGGACGCCUUCGCUCGUUCUCCACUAAACGACCCGUCGUUCCUACACACUGGACAGCCUCACAAGGAGUCCCAUCUCGCUGCCGAGCUGCCAGCCCGCCCUCCCAGCGUCAGUCUGCCUUCGCUCGGCGAGGAAGGCUCCGAGUACGCCAGCUUCGAGGACCUCUCCAAGACGCUCACAAAUCAGAGCCAGAGCGGCGAAGCGCCUGAGCAGACAAAGCAGGUAGCCGGCGACCUGCCGCUUCAUGCGCCCAAAGCAUCUCUUCCGGCCUCGUCCGCGAAAAGCAGAAUCCAGACGGUGACUCGCACCGAUUCAGAUCAAGCUGCGGCUGCUGGCUUUGGCACGCAGCUGGCUCCGGAAGGAAAGCCCUCGGGUGACUCCAGCCGCUCAGUCUCAUCGCGUCCUAGCUCUGUAUACAAGGACGACGACGAGCAUGGCAUUCCUGAGAUAGGUGUCCAGGUGCCCAUGUACCCGAACGCGGGAGACGUGCAAGCCCCGACACCUUCACCGUACGAGCAGGGAGUGCCGACGGGCGUCGGCUUCUUCAACAAGGGGGAUAAGCCCCGCCAUCAUAGUAGGACGAAGAGCGGCCGCGAGAUCUUUCAUGGUCCUCCCGGCAGCUACGGUCUGCAUGGUCACGGCAAGAUCGGCAACGACGAGUUCGAGCAGAAUUGGUACAAGAAGCAUCCUGAGGAUUUGAAGCGUGAGAAGGCUGGCGAGUACGGUCCGCAUAUUCAGGAGAACCGGAAGGAUUACCACUGGGGCGGGGAGAAGCUCGAUAAGCUCGUGCGCAAUGCUGGCGCCCAUGGUGUUGGAUUGGGUACGCUUUUCAUGGUCCCUGCGUCAACUUACGGUACUUCUAGGGAUGCUGUCAGUACUCCAGAUGAGCAGAUCGGCUACAUGGCGAGCGAGGAAUAUGCAUCGCGCAUGGCCUCCCCGAGGCCCAAGUCAUCCGGUCGCCCAGGCUCAAUAAGUGAGAAGGGAGCAGCUCCGGUCGCCGAAUCUCCUUUACGCCAGACGAAUUUUCCCGCCGACGUUCUCACCAAGCAGAAGACCCACGAAAACGAAGCCGAAGAGGACAUUAUCCAUAUCGACCACCCAAAUCGUAGAGAGAGCAAGAUCCACGGAGGUGGAUAUGACCCACCCACUCACGAUCUGGGUCGAAAGGCUGGUAACACUGAUGAAGAAGGCGGCUGGGUUUCUGAACGCGGUUACGGUACUCCCAUCCUCGCGUCAGACGAGAUCAAGAAGGACCCUGUCUCAGCAUGGAGGCAACCCGCAGUUCCCCCUGAGCAGGAGCGUCGUGGCAGUGGCGAAUACACUAUCAACGAGGGUGGCACCCCGGCGUACAUUACCAAACAGCGCACUCACAGUCGCACUCAUAGCAGGAGUUCUAGUAGGAACAGCAACCAUGCCAAUCCGUCGCGAAUUAUAUCUCCACAACAGUUCGACCGCAGCGGCACACCUCUCGAUUCAAUGAAGGAGUAUGAGCCUCUGUUUCCAGAGGACGAUGAGGCCCCAAAGAAAGCCAAGUCCCCCCUCGACAGGAUCAUGAAGCGACCCGACCUUGCUCGCCACCACUUCCCUAGCCAAGACGUGUGGGAAGAUACCCCAAGCAGCCUUCAGCUUGAGACUACGGUGGACACCCCUCAAGCCCCCGAGGAACCGAAGACCGCAGGAGCCGAGCCGGAUGCCAGCCAGGUCUUCGAGAAGCCGCAGACUGAGCAAGCGCGCAAGGAACACAUCACCAAAGAGGACCAGCAGUCAUUUUUGCCCGAGCACACAAAGAAGUUUGCAAACAAGCAUCUGAAGAAUGUAUCUAGUGAUGGUCGUCCUGGUGUGCAGCGUUUUCCUAGUCAAGAUAUUUGGGAGGACACACCCGAGCACUUCCACCUAGAGACCACCGUCAGCACUCCUCAGACACCAGAGACAAAUGAGUACGCAGAUGACUCGCCUGUUGUCGAGAAGUCUACCAUCCCGGCCAGGCCUAAUGUUCCCACUCGUCCGCAGGCCGCAAAAGAGACCUCACCAGUCGACAAGAAGGCACCCGUUAUUCCAGAACGGCCCAAACCUCAAGUUCCUGCACGCCCUAGCAAACCCUUGACUAAGUCUUCAGAGAAGGUACCUACAGUAGGAGCCUUCCCUGACGAAAAGGGCAACACUGGGGCAGAUCCUCAGCCAAAGGCCAAGCCUCCCGUACCUGCCCGCCCAGGCGGAUCUAAGAUUGCAGCGCUACAAGCUGGCUUCUUGAAAGACCUGAACAGCAAACUCGGUCUCGGCCCGCCAAAGGUGAAGGAGCCAGAAGCUGAGAAAGAAGAAGAGCCACCCAAGCCUCUAGAGGAUGCUCGUAAGAGCCGCGCCAAGGGCCCGCAGAGGCGAAAGCCUACGAAGUCGCCUGCUCCCGCGGCGACAAUUACUGCUGAAGUUGCCGUUCCACCGCAGUCUCUGUCCGUUGGUAUUGUAAGCACGCUCUGGCAGAUUGGUGAGAGCGGCGAUGUCGAAGUCCCGACCGCAGAACUGAGCGCAAAACUGCACGCAGCGCUUAAGCCGACUACAUCCGCCACUUCCGAAAAAUUGACUCCGACCACAUCCGCCAGCUCAGAUAAGAUAGCUCCUCCCGGUACAGAAGAGUUUAAGGACACUGAGCACAUACUAGAGAGGGAAAAGCACGUCGAACCCGGCGAAGCUUCCCUCGAGCCCGCCACCAUCAAGCAGGCUGAGCUUAGCGUCGCGGUCGCAGAGCCUGAGGCCGAAGUGUCAGAUGAAACCAUCGAGGAUCAGACCGCGGGUAGAACAGAUCGUAUCACUGUUGAUCCGAUGGAAGCGGAGCCCAAUAUCGAGGACAAGGUGCCUGGUGGUAGGCUGUCGGCUGAGGAGCAGAGGGAUUUGCAAAGGGAAAUUGAGGAGGAGACGAAGGAGAAGUUGGCGGUGGGUGGGGGUGAGGGGAAGGCUGGGGAAGUGAAGGCGGAGAAGGGGAGUGAGGGGCAAUGGGAGGUCCUUUGA